UUAGGGAGUGAACACCACUUCUCGCGAGAUUUAGCGGCCUCUGGCAGAACUGUAACGUCCGUGGAUUACGGUCGUAAAGUAACUUAAUGUAUAGAAACAGUUUUGUCAGUGUGAAGAACAUCGCACAGAUUUGAAUAUGUAAGGACCGUACAUUACAGUAUUGUCGCUAUCACCCGAGAAGUCUGGCUUAUUUUAGAGAUAAAGUAGAGAUGCUGCCCGGUCGCUAGCAUGCUGUGCUUAGCUAAACGCUAAAGUUAGCCUCGUUUGGGACAACGUGAGCAACAUUUUAUUAAGUAUUUAUCUUGUAGUCAGUUUUAUAUUCAUAGUUAUUUUACAAUGAAGUGUCACUAUGAAGUGUUGGGUGUGAAACGAGAUGCAGGAGACGACGAUCUGAAGAAAGCUUAUCGUAAAUUAGCAUUGAAAUGGCAUCCAGAUAAAAACCUGGACAAUGCUGAGGAGGCGGCGGAGCAGUUCAAGCUGAUUCAGGCAGCUUACGAUGUCCUGAGUGAUCCACAGGAGAGAGCCUGGUAUGACAAUCACAGGGAGGCUCUGCUGAAAGGAGGACUGAGCGGAGACUAUGAAGACGACAGCAUUGACCUGCUGCAGUACUUCACUGUCACCUGUUAUUCUGGCUAUGGCGAUGAUGAGAAGGGUUUUUACACAGUUUACAGGAAUCUCUUUGAGUCCAUUGUCAAGGAGGAGAUGGAGCAUGGCAAGGUGGAAGAUGAGGAAGAAGAGGAGGAGUUUCCUCCUUUUGGAGACUCUCAGAGUGACUAUGAUACCGUAGUGCAUGUGUUUUACGGAUACUGGCAGAGCUUCUGCACUCGUAAAAACUUUGCGUGGAAGGAGGAAUAUGAUACGAGGCAGGCCUCCAACCGCUGGGAAAAAAGGGCCAUGGAGAAAGAGAACAAGAAGACCAGAGACAAGGCCCGGAAGGAGCGCAACGAGCUGGUGCGACAGCUGGUGGCUUUUGUUCGCAAGCGCGACCGACGCGUGCAGGCCCACAGGAAGCUGGUGGAAGAGCAGAACGCCGAGAAGAUCAAGAAGGUGGAGGAGCUGAGGCGAAAGCAGAAGCUCAGCCAGGCCAAGCUGGCAGAGGAGUACAGGGAGCAGAGCUGGGCGGCCAUGUCUGAACUCGAGAAGGAGCUGCAGCAGAUUGAGGCUCAGUACGGAGAGGAGUUUGGAGAUGCAUCAGAGAGUGAGGAGGAGGAGCAGGAUAUAGACACGCGGGAGAAGAACAGCGAAGAAGGAGGAGAUGCAGACCAGCCUGAUGGAGAAGAACUGACAAUUGACUAUUAUGAUGAUCUUUACUGCCCAGCCUGUGACAAAUCAUUCAAAUCAGAUAAAGCUAUGAAAAACCACGAGAAAUCCAAAAAGCACCGGGAAAUGGUGGCGUUGCUACGGCAACAGCUGGAGGAGGAAGAGGAAUCGCUUGGUUUGAACCUGGAUGAGAAGGAGGGAAGAGAAGAGGAGAAUGAGCAGGAAGAGGAGGAGGAGGAAGAAGCUGAGGAGGAGGAGGAGGAGGAGGAAAAGCCAAGGCAAAAGCUCUCCAAAAAACAAAAGAGGAAAAAGAAACGGCAGGAAGUAGUACAUCAGAGUGCUCCAAAGGAGGAGGAGGAGAAACCAACACCGACCACCUGCGAGGAAGAUGCCCCCGAGACGUCAGCAGACCCUUCAGAGCCCGAGAAGCAGGAUGAUCCUCCUCCCACAGAUGUCAAGAGUAGCUCUGGGAAGACGAAGGGAAAGAAGGGAGGAGGAAAAGACAAACCAAAGAAUGUCAAGUCAAACGCAGGAGGAGAGCAGUGUCCUGAGAAAGAAGUAAACCUCCGCUGUGUGACCUGUAACUACGAGUUCCCCACAAGGAACAAGUUGUUCGACCAUCUGAAGACCAGCGGCCACGCCACCGCUCUCUCAUCGAACGCUUCGCACAGCUCCAUGAGCAAGAGCAAAAAAGACAGGAAGAAGAACAGAUAACACAUCUUCAUCCAGUGAUGAUAAGCCUGAGAGAGUUUGAUUCAGUGGGAGCGCUGGAAACAACACUCUGAUAAGGCUCUCAGGAGGAAGAUGACCCAUCAAAAGCCUUUGAAAGUGGACUUUAAUGGACCAGAUUGGCUUAGUUGAGAGCAAAUUCUUAUUUUUAUUUUUUUUAAAUUACACAGUAAACAUAUGUGGUGAGGCGGCUGUGUAUGUUUGAGACUGAGUCUUCCAGUUUUUCAGUACCUUUCACAGUAAUUUAUGAAACACUACUGAUGAACCAGUGGAGAGAAACCUUACAGGAUGUGCCGAGGAUACACAUUCACCAACUUUUACUGUUUUAAGAACCUUCUCUCUUUGUUCCGAAGAGCUCUGUAGUGGGUAUUACUGCAUCACAAAAAUAAAGAUGAUACUGCACGUCGGUAUUUAUACAGCAACAA